CCCAUCUUAUUGUUGUGGCAAUUCCUAAAGAAAGUCACGUUUCAAGGCCUGUGCUGGUCUGUUGAACAAUGACGCAUCUUUUAGGUCGUCAGGACUGUAUAGAGAGUCUUCGUAGAGAUCUUAUUGAUUUACAGGGAGGAGUUCUGGAUGUUUUCUCACAGACUGGACCUGUACUUUUCCCAUCAUGGAAGUUUCCCGAUAAACUGUCAUGUAAUCUGGAUCUGGUCAAGCUUUUGGGAGAGUAUGAUUAUAUAGAUGGCGAGGAAGAGUUCAGUCAGCACUCACAUAUAGUUUUACUAGAGCUGGUAGUGGACAGGUUAAUGCUUUUACUUCAGAGUUUUAAUGUUCAUGCUGAGCAGUUGCUUGGGAAGCAGAGAGCUUUAUCAUCUGGUCAAAAUGGUGCUCCUCUUUCUAUUGGUCCUUUGGUUAAACUUUAUUGGAAAAACUUACUUCAAUUUAGUCAUCAGCAAGUUCAAAGGAGUAACAGUAAUAUACGUGAACACAGUCCUGAAACAGCACCAAGCACUUCUUCCAUUAAAACACACCAAACACAGAGCACUUCUAUGAUUAGCAUCUACAAAACCAAUUCAAGCACUCCAGGUUCCACUUCCAACAGUAGAAGAGCAUCUACCAUAUGUUCCUCUGUGUCAUGCAUCUCAUCAUCUACCCACACUGUGAGCUGUCAGACAUCAGUGUCAAAGCCUGUGUCCUGUGAAACCUGUGCUUGUGUGCACGCGAGUAUGAAGGAAACAGGUGAAGCUGUGAUAUCUCUGUGCCAGUCUUUGGGUUUGCCUUGCUCCCUGAAGGACCUGCUGGUGAACAUGGAUGAACCCAUGAAGCUUGGUCACUUAUCUGCAUGUGAUGUUUCUCAUUGGGCGAGUGAGCAGCGUAGAGAUAUGAGCCGUGUGGGGAAACAUGUCCUGGAGGUUAGAGAAACUGUGGAGCCACUGAAAAAGAAACUAAAAGAGAUCGAGAUUGAACGAGAGAAUGUAAGAAAGCAGCUAACAGAGACAGUUUACAGAGAGAAGGAACAGAGGAGGAGAACGGAGGAGGAGUGGGAGCGCAGAAUGAAGGAGGUGAAGGCCACAGAAGAGGGAGCUGUGAAGAAACUAAAGCAGGAGCAGGAGGAGUUAAAGAGAGGUAUGAUGCUGUUGGAGGACAAAAAUACUGAAUUAACAGAAGUAGUAAAUUCGCAAACAGAGGCAAUACAGAGUCUUGAACGUGAGAGAGCAUCAUUAAAGGAAGAAGUUCUCCAUCUACAUUCACUUGAGACCAUGUUAAGAGAGGUGAAGGAAAGAAAGGAAAACCUGGAGAAGGAGCUCAGAAGCACACAAGCACUGUUAGAUAAAGAAAAAGCCAAGUCUCAUAGCGUGCAACGACAGUAUGAGGCGCUACAGGUGAAACAACAUGCUCUGUGUAAGCGUGUAGAUGUUCUGGUCCAGCAGACCGAUGAUCUACAGAGUAGUCUUGAAGAAUGUGAGGACGAAAAAGUUGAGCUUGCUGAUAAACUCACACAGAUUAUACAAGAAAAAGACACACUUCAAGAGCAACUCACACAGCAACAGUCCACAUGUAGUUCACUGUGUACAGAGAAAGAGAAACAGCAAGAGGAAAUCUUAGAACUGGAGAAGAGUGUGUCUCAUCUGAAAGAGAUGUUAGCACAAGCUGCCCAGAGAGAGAGGAUACUGGUGGCCUUUCCUGAACUGAACCCUCAUCCACAAGCAAAACCUCUGACUACAGGUGAUGUGAUGUGUGAUAUGGAGCAACAGUUGAAAGCAAUUUCAUUGAGGAUCAGGGUUCUGGAGCAGGAGAACGCCUCCCUGAACAGCAGUCUUGCCAGAUUGAAAGACAUUCAAUGCAGAGGAUACGAACCAGGAUCUUCAGACUGUGGAAAUGCUGAGAUGGACAAUGCGAGUGAAGCUGCAGAUAUUAGACCGCUGGACAACCCCACCACCUCCUCUUCCACCUCACCUUCCUCCAUACUUCAUCAUCAGACGCUCUGCCUCUCUCUCAAUCCAGAUGCAGGAGAAACGUAUAUGAAAAUCCGCCAUGCUGCCAGCAUCCGUUCUGCAGGCACACGCCGCAGGAGGAAGUGAUGUCACUUAAUGGAUUAAACUAACUUGUAUUUAAUUCAUUUGUAUUACAUUGAUCAUACAUUGUACAGUACAUUUACAUUUCACAUGUAAAAAUAUGUAAAAAAAAAAAAAA